ACCGUCCCUUCUCCUUUCUCGUGAAUUUGUAUUCCGCGCCGUUCGGUGUUAUUUAGAAUAGUAUGAAUUUGUUGUUAACUUUUAUCUUUUUAAAUUUGUGCCGUUAUUUGAAUUAGAAGAAUUAUAAGCAUUUUAUUUUGAUUAUAUAAAUAUAAUUGUGAAUUUAUAUCAUGUUAAUAGAAAAAAUUAUAUAGAUUGUCGUUUAUCUUUAACGACCUAACCUAUAAAAUUUAUUUGUGCUCCUAAAUGAAUGAAUGAACGAGCUCGGUAAAAAUUAUUUGUAAUAAUCAGGCAUGGCACAUAGAAUAUUUUUAGAACGUACUGGUAUAAUUCCAAAAGUAAUAGCCAAUGUUGCACAUAAAUUUAAAUAUUUGCUCGUAGUUGAUUUCGAAGCUACUUGUGAACAAAAGACCUUAUUAUUACCGCAAGAGAUUAUUGAAUUUCCUUGCAUAGUAUUAGAUACAGAUGAUUUGAAAGUGAAGAAUGUAUUUCAUCGAUAUGUAAAACCCAGGAUUAAUCCUAACCUGACAUCGUUUUGCACUGAAUUAACUGGAAUAAUGCAAGAAAUGGUCAAUGAUGAAGAUCACUUUCCAGUUGUAUUUUCUCAAUUCUGUACCUGGUUAAAGGAAAACAAUUAUUUUGAUCCAAUUGACAAGAGUGCUUUUGUAACGUGUGGCAAUUGGGAUUUAAAAGUGAUGCUACCUAAUCAAUGUGCUACAGACAAUUUACAAAUACCACAAGAAUUCAAACAAUGGAUCAACUUGAAAGAAACAUUCUGCGUGUCAUGUAAAUAUUUUCCUCGUAAUUUAACAGAUAUGCUCUCUCACUUGAACCUUCCUUUCAAAGGUAGAUUACAUUCUGGUAUUAGUGAUACAACAAACAUGGUUCAAAUAAUUCAAACAUUGUGCAAGACGCACAAAGCACAAUUUAAAAUUACCAACAAGUUGGAUGAGAACAAGAUUUAAAUCUUUUGAAACUUCAAUAUUUCUGUACAGUAAAAAUGUAUAAAAAGCCUUUAUUAACAUUAAAAUAUUGUUUUUAUAAAAUAUAAAAUACUUGUAUAUUUAAUUCUGUACAUUAAAUGUUUA